ACGAUGGCAAUGAGGGACCUGGUGGAAGCAGAGUGCGGGGGCUCCAACCCCCUGAUGAAGCUAGCCGGCCACUUCACCCAAGACAAAGGCCUGCAACAGGAGGGGCUCCGGGGCCCCUUGGCUUGGCCUCCCACGGUGCCAACUCCUGAAGGGGUGUCUAAACCUCUUGGAAGAGCAUCAGAAGAUGAACUGGUGGCAGAGUUUCUUCAAGAGCAGAAUGGCCCUCUGCUAUCCCGCGCCCCACAGACAUUCAAGAUGGAUGAUCUAUUGGCCGAGAUGCAGGAAAUUGAGCAGUCCAGUUUCCGGCAAGCCCCUCAAAGAGCUCCAGGGGUGGCGGCCCUGGCUCUGUCUGAGAACUGGACGCAGGAAUUCCUUGACGCUGCUGAUAGUACGGUUGACAUUGCGACGGACUAUAACGAAGCUGACUGGUCCCAGGAAUUUAUUGCAGAGGUUACAGACCCCUUAUCGGAGUCCCCUGCCAAGUGGGCUGAGGAAUAUUUGGAACAGUCAGAGGAGAAGCUGUGGUUGGGAGAGUCAGAAGACCAAACACUGGCUGAUAAAUGGUAUGAGGAAUAUCAGCCUGAAGAUGACCUUAAGAAAACAGCCAAUGAUUUUCUGGCAAAAGUGGAUGACCCCAAAUUGAAUAACUCUGAGUUCCUAAAGUUUGUUCGCCAGAUUGGAGACGGGAGGGUGUCCAUCGAGGCAAAUCAAGUGACCAUUGCCCCCAGAGACCAGGAUCAGGCAGAACAAUGGGCAACUGAGUUUAUACAGCAGCAGAAUGCAUCUGAAGCCUGGGUGGACCAGUUCUCGCAUGCUGGGGUCACGUCCGGUCUGGAGGCUGAGUUUGAGAAAGCCAAGAUGGCCGUGGAGUCGGAUGUGGAUUUCUGGGACAAACUACAGGCCGAGUGGGAGGAGAUGGCCAAGCGGGAUGCGGAGGCCCAUCCUUGGCUGACGGAUUACGAGGAUCUCUCCAGCUCCUCUUACGACAAGGGAUACCAGUUCGAGGAGGAUAACCCUGUCCGCGACCACCCGCAUGCUUUUGAGGAAGGGCUGAAGUGUCUGGAGCAAGGGGACCUUCCCAACGCCGUGCAGUUCUUUGAGGCUGCAGUGCAACAGAAUCCUGAUCACAUGGAGGCCUGGCAGUACCUGGGAACGACGCAAGCAGAGAAUGAGCAAGAACUUGCCGCGAUCAGUGCGCUCAGGCGGUGUCUAGAGCUGAGCCCUAAAAACCUCACGGCACUCAUGGCUCUGGCCGUCAGCUUCACCAACGAGUCACUACAGAAGCAAGCCUGUGAAACUCUCCGUGACUGGCUGCGCCACAAACCAGAGUAUGCUCACCUGCUGGGGAAGGAGCCUACAGAAGACAGCCCUAGCCCGGGCCUCGGGUCUUCCAGACGUAUCCUGGGUUCCCUCUUAACAGAUUCACUCUUUGUCGAAGUGAAGGAGCUGUUCUUGGCUGCUGUGAGAAGCAACACCGCCACUGUGGACCCGGAUGUGCAGUGUGGUCUGGGGGUUCUCUUCAACCUGAGUGGCGAGUACGAGAAGGCCGUGGAUUGCUUCACCGCUGCCCUGAGUGCCCGCCCAAAUGAUUACCUCCUGUGGAACAAGCUGGGUGCCACUUUGGCCAAUGGGAACCGGAGCGAGGAAGCUGUUGCGGCUUACAGGCGGGCCUUGGAGCUACAGCCAGGCUACAUUCGCUCUCGGUACAACCUGGGCAUCAGCUGUAUCAACCUCGGCGCUCACAGAGAAGCUGUGGAACACUUCCUCGAGGCCUUGCACAUGCAGCAGAAGAGCCGAGGACCGCGAGGGCAGCAGGGCGCCAUGUCCGACAACAUCUGGAGCACCCUCCGCAUGGCCCUCUCCAUGCUGGGCCAGAGUGAUCUGUAUGCGGCGGCGGACGCCCGAGACCUCCCGACCUUGCUGCAGGCUUUUGGCCUCCAGCAAUGACUCUGGGACGGGCUCCCUUGCGAGUGCAGGAUGAGCCCUUACCCGUGCUGAUCUUCCUCUCCCCGCCUCUCGGGUCACACGCACACAUACACGGUCAGGCAGCCUUUCCCACCCCCACUGCUUGCGACGUUCGCACUCAGCGUCUUAUUUCCGCACAAGGCAAACUUCCCCUUGUUUUGUGUGGGACCCCACCGGAGAGGCUCACUUCCUCUCACCUUGGUUGUGUCCCACGGAAGCCGCUGAUGGGUCUUGAGCAGCUCCCAAGUUUGCACUUUACAAGGGGAGUAAAUCCCGCCGAUCGGGAAAGCAUUCUGUUACGGAUCGUCGGCUCCCGGGACACCCUUUUUAGGAGGGCUUUUUGUUGUAGCAGGAACUCCUUUGCAUAUUAGGCCACACACCCUUGAUGUAGCCAGUCCUUCUGGAGCUCACAGUAGGCCCUGUACUAAGAGCCCUGUAAGCUCUUGGAGGAUUGGCUACAUCGGGGGGGGGCGUGGCCCAGGGAUGGAAUUCUAGCAGGAGUUCCUUUGCAUAUUAGGCCACGCCCCUGAUGUAGCCAAUCCUCCUGGAGCUUACAGUAGGCCCUGUACUAAGAGCCCUGUAAGCUCUUGGAGGAUUGGCUAUAUUAGGGCGGCAUGGCCUAAUACGCAAAGGAGUUCCUGCUACAAAAAAAAAGCCCAUGCUUUUUAGAAUGGCAAAGCUGCUCCCUUAAAAGCCCUGUGCUUGCAGCGGCCUCCAGGUUGGGGUGGAGUGGGGCCCCUUGGCAGAAGGGUAGCCGUCUGGGUCUCUGUGCUAAAAUGCCCUGGUCCCGGUCAUGUGGGUGUGGUGGUGGUGCCCUGGGCGUUUCUCACUUUUCCCGAGAGAUGAAUCAUGAAGUGGAAUUUUGGGCUUCCGUCUUCCGGAGCGCUGCUAACCUUACAGGUACGACACAAAGCAAUUACAAGUGUUUCAGGAAGCGCCGGCCAUAGCAUCCUCUCGGUGACAGUGAAGAGAGGGGAGUGAGAGGAGCCAGCUGUGAGUUAACCAGAGCAUUGUUGAAGUUCAGAGCAUUGACUACGAUGUCUUAAUUAUCCUUGUUAGUAACUUAAAAAAAAAAGAGGAACCCAGGGCAGGAGCAAUACCACAAACGCAGGUGCUGAAACACAUCACGCUGCCAAAUAUUUGACCAGCAUUUGUAUGCAGAUACUCUUUUUAAAUGUAGGAAUAAUACAGGAUUUAGGAAUAUUUAUGCAGUGGAAGGUAUCAGGCCCAGUAAUUUGAAAAGUGUCCCCCCCCCUUUACAUAUCCCACAUACAAACAAGAACUUCUUAAAACAAAAGAUCCCCCCCCCCCCCCUCCAAAAUGAUUAGCUGCCGUUUUAAAGCCUAUGCGAUUCAGCUUAGGCGGUAUUUGUGUUUAGGAGAGCAUUGAUACAGUCAGGGGUGGAAUUCUAGCAGGAGCUGCUUUGCAUAUUAGGCCGCACGCCCCUAAUGUAGCCAAUCCUCCAAGAGCUUACAAGGCUCUUUUUUGUAAGCUCUUGGAGGAUUGGCUACAUCAACGGUGUGUGGCCUAAUAUGCAAAGCAGCUCCUGCUAGAAUUCCAGCCCUGGAUACAGUCAAUUCAGGUACAGUUUUAAGGGUGUCUUUGUAAUGAGCAGUGAUCAUGGGUCUCUUGGGGAGAGAGAAAUCCUGAUUGCUGUCUUACGCUGAGCUCUUCUAGCAUGUGAAGGAGAGCCCCACGAGUAGGUAUCAGGCCUGUUUCAAAGAGCCCAAUUUGGGGUGGGGAGAGAGGUCGCAUCACAGUGAGCGAGCAGAGCACUUACCCAAGCCAGUAGAGAUCCUGGAACAUCCCUAGCUCUUGAAAAGGUUCUGAUUUGUAUGCGGAAUGUGCAGACCGACAUUUGAUGCUGUUAAGCAGGCGGACUAAAAUUAGAAACCGUCAUUCAUGCUUGCAGCAACGGAAGCUGUCCUUGGAGGGGACAGACUGGCUUCACUACUCUGCAGCCAGGUAGGGAAGGUGCAAACUGAGUGCAGAGGCUUCCAGGUGGAGGUAGGCCUCUCAGCCCAUGCCCGGCCUGCUCUGCACCCAAGACCGCUCUCCCAAGCCUGUUCUGUUUUCUUCCCUCAGGCGUUCCAUUUCUGCACCCCUCCUACCUGAUCCCUGUGGCUGCCUGUUAGGCUUAUAAUCCUUCCAUUGCAAUUAGAUGCCUUGCAUAGAACAUGAUCGUACCUCCCAACUUUGGUUUAGGGUUAUUGAUGCAGCGGUGAAUCACAUGUGUUUCUGGCUAAUAAUCCUUUCGGCUGCUCUGUCAAGUCAAAGGGGAACUGCCACCCACCCCUUUGCAUACAGUUCUCUUCCUCCAUGUAACUGGCUUUCUAAACCUGUGUGUGAUUCUCCCCCCCCCCCCUAUAAACAACAGGAAGGAGGCCUUAGGAAAGCCACCUGCCCUCUGCUCUUUAGUUUAACUCCUAACAAGCCCCUCUUGCGUGGUCUCUUGUGGUUUUUGCUGAUUUUUAAGCAGCUGCUGAAAGUUCUUUCCGAUAGGUAGGUAGUUGACGUGUUCCUUGUAAUUGGAACACCUCCACGUUACUGCGGUCUUGGUAGUUCUUACCUCUGAGGCCGGUCUGAUUAGCCUUAAGUUGCAGAAAAGUAGUGUGGGACACGGGCAAAGGGGGGGCUUAGCUAAGCAGCAGUUUUGGGGGGGAUGGGGGGAUCUCUCCAGCGCUGCUGCACCGCACCAGCUGAGUGGUUGUAAAUGACUGAUCCGUGUCAGUAGCUGAGAACAGGGUAAACGCCCCAUUAUUGGUGCUUGCUCCCUGCCCGGUUCCCCCUGCAGCCUCCCCCCUGAGAUCUGUGAAAAUGUAGUUCAGAGGUAGCUGAAGGUACCCCCCUAAUUAAUGAUCCUUUGGCCAUUUUGUUCUUGUAAAGAGGGGAGGUGGGUCGGGGUUUCUCUGUGCAUAUGAUUGCCCCUCUUGUGUAAUUGGCUCUUAUAAAUAUAUGUAUAUGAUUUUUUUUUGUCGUUUGGGGGGGGGGGAAAUGUUUUUAAAUUGUAAAAUAUUUUGUAUAAAAGAAUUAAAACCUGCCAAAAUAAACGUUUCACUUGGUGCAUC